ACCCCAACCCCCUUCUGCUCUGAGCAGCAUUCAACAAAGAUGUUCCUCAGAGUCCUCAACUUCUAUCAGGAGCUUUGAACCAACCCCAAGAUUACUUUUUCAGACGAAAUAAACCCACCAAACCCUGACUGCUGGAUCAAGGAUCCAGGCAUAGAAUGAUGCAGUUGGAAGCUCUCCGGACUGUGCUGGGAUUCUGUCUUCUCUCAGCCUGUGUCCGGGGGCAAGACUUGGAAGAAGAAAAGAAGAAUUACAAAUUCGAAGUCUACAUCUCAGGAACUGAAGUGACACUGACCUGCCCCGAGGUAGAGAGCGAGCUCAUAGCAUGGAAGAAAAAUGAUGUAGAAAUAAAAGGCGUGGACACCAAUACCCUCACCCUGAAAGACUCAGAGACUGAAUAUAGCGGCCACUUCCACUGUAAAAAGAAAUCGUCAGACGAUCAUGAAGGCUAUUAUCUCUACCUGAAAGCAAGAGUCUGUCAUGGUUGCAUGGAGAUGGAGGUGCUGACCGUGGCUGGGAUUGUCAUUGCGGACAUCUUCAUCACUCUGGGAGUACUGCUCCUGGUGUAUUACUGGAGCAAGGGGCGAAAGGCCAAGGCCAAUCCUGUUGGUCGAGGGGGAGGUGCUGGUGGCAGGACCAGAGGAGCAAACAAGGAGAGGCCUCCACCUGUUCCCAACCCUGACUAUGAGCCCAUCCGCAAAGGUCAACGGGACCUGUAUGCAGGCCUGAACCAGAGAGCCCUCUGAGAAUUCCUGAAGACCCUUUCCUUUCACUGCAGCCCCCAUUCUGGGAUUUCUACUGUGUACCUAUGCUCACUCCAAUCUGGGGCAUCCCAGAACUAAGGAUUCAAAAAGAAAAAUGGUUUUUUCUUCUAAAUGUUGAUUCCACUUUUAGAAAAACUGACUUCUCUACCCCCACAGUCUUAUCCUCAGCAAUCUUCUUGCUCUCCACUCUAAUUCCCUGACCAUAGGGCAUAACUAUUCCCCUAGUGUUGAAAUUAUAUUUGCAAGGUACAAAAGAUACUAUCAUGAACACCAACCUUGAAGGAUCAACUAAAAACUCUGGAACAUUAGAAUCCUUGCUUGUUCCUUUUGUGGUCCAAUUCAUGGUCUACUCCACCAUGUUUCAUUUUCCUUGCCUUCCUUUUUCUAUUGUCAGAUUGUCCCAGUACCCCUAGUUCCACCCGUUUCUCCAUACCUAGCUUGUCACUCUCCCGGUAUUCUCUGGAGCUUGGCAUGUGUAAUGUUCUCAAACGUUCUGUUCCCUACAUGGAGUCUGGUGCCAGAGUCUUUUCCUCUAGCUUAAUCUUGCCUGAAUGCUCUGCAAAAUGUCUAGUCUUCAUGUAGAUUAUGAUAACCUAAUAAAGUACAUUUGAGUUGAAA